CUAACCGUAGAUGAUGUUGUCAUUUCCUCUUCAAUGGAACAACAAUGCUCUGAAUCGAUAUCGGAAAACAACAACAAUAACAUGUUAAUCGGAAAUCUGGAUGCCGAUUUCCACGACGCCAUUGAAGAAGAAAUCCCAUAUGUCAAUGCCACAAAUACCUUUGCUUCCGAUCAAUCCCAUUCUGGUUCCGAGCCUGAUCAUAGCAUUAGCAGCAACGACGAAGAAUCUACAGUUCAUGUCCUAUCUGACCACACGCCGGACUCUCCAUCAUCUCUUUCCUCUUCCGGCCUCCGUCGUCGUCGACCUGUUUCUCAGCGGAGUUCAGAAGAUAUCUCCGACUCCCAGUUCUUUAGAAACAACCCCGAUGGUUUGAUUGAUUUUGAUCGACAUGGUAGUCCUCUUUCUCAACGGAAGAAGCAUAAUCGUUCAUGGAGUGCGAACAAUUACGAGAAAUCAAACUCUACUCGGCCUCAGAGUUCUGUCGGUGAUGGAAGUCCGUUACACGGAAUGGCGGAGGCGAGUUCUGCGAUUACUAGUGUCGGUAGUAAUGGAAGACUGAUCAACUAUGAGUCUAUCCCAGUAAAUUCGCCUACAAAUUCUUUUCCGAUUCUUCUUCUUACCUUAUCUGAACUUAUCCUUAAAGCUCUUGGGUUUCAAACACAAUUGUUUUCUACCUAUCUCACACUCCCGAUAUGGCUAUUACAAAUUUCGUACAUAUUUGCGUUUGAUCCGUUAUCGGUUGCAUACCAAUGGAUUGCAAAACAUAAGUUUUCAUGGAACUCAAUCUACCAGAUCGGUUAUGUAUUGUUGCGGUUGGCUUACUGUUUUUUCAUUUUAGUUUGUGUGGUAACUUCAUCUUUCCUUCUUAGUGCCCUAAUGAUGAAAUGGAUAGUGUCAGAGCCUGAACAUAUGACAGAGGAGUUGAUCUUUGAUUACACACGAGAUACUCCCAUGGCGUUUGUUCCCAUAAUUUCCUGUUCAAAUUCGUCUUCUCCAGGGCUCAUCGAAAAGACCAAGAUCGGAGCUACAGAAUCACAAGUUCUCCAUUUCGAUCGUGAAGUUCAGGCCACUGUCUCCUUAACAUUACCAGAAUCCGAGUACAACAGAAAUCUUGGGAUUUUUCAGGUGAGGGUAGAUUUCCUCUCCAGUGACGGAAAACCCAUUGCAACUAUCCGGCAGCCUUCCAUGUUUCCAUUUAGAAGUGAACCUAUUCGUCUCUUGUCGACCUUCUUAAAGUUAGCUCCUCUUCUUGCUGGCUAUUCAUCUGAAUCCCAAACUCUGGACAUAACAUUUCAAGGGUAUACUGAAAAGAAAGACGUCCGUACAUCUUGUUCAAGAGUUGUCCUUGAACAACGAGCAGAAUUUGCAAGAGGGGGUGGUAUUCCGGAGAUAUAUACAGCAACUUUAAAGCUAGAGGCUCGUCAUCCUUACUGGAAGAGGGUUUUGUGGUAUUGGAAGAGUGUGAUAUACAUGGGGAUGACAAGUAUGAUGUUUACGGUGGAGUUGCUGUUCAUGCUACUAUGCUGUCCGGUCGUUUUUUCAGGGCAACGGCGUGUGGCUGAUGCACCUCGGAAUACGCCACUGAGUUCAAGUUGACUGCUAGGGUUUUAUUGUGAUUCAGUGAGUUUCAUAUAGAGAUGAACAAAGACCCGUCUCAACUUGAACAAAAAAAGAUCGUUCUAGCUAGCUAGUUCGAAGGUCCAAUAUAUAGGACCGGUUAUAACCAAUUAAAGACUGCCGAACCUCACAUGUGUAAAACUUUCUAAAAAUUAUUGGUGUUGUUGAAGAAUGUAUAAAUGCAAAUUUACAUUUGUAAACUUCCAAUACAUUUUACUG